AUGGCCCCUCCACCUGCCUCGCCCGGCAGAGCCGCAACCAUGUCAAAAGAACAGGUCGAUCGCACCAAAGCAGCGGAACAAUUCAAGGCCGCUCCUUACAGUGAUGGAAGGACCGGCCAGAGCAUUGGCUAUGGAUUUCAUGUUAAUGCAUGGCCGGAAAAGGCCAAAGACAUUCGAGUUCCUAUCACCAAGGCACAAGCAGAUGAGUUAUUUGACUAUGUGGACAGCUGGAACGCUAACUACAUGGCGAAGAAGCUCGGCAUCGACGUCUGGAACAGCCUGGAUCAGAGGCAGAUCGACGCGCUGCUGUCUGUUGCAUAUAACACGGGAGCACCGGGGCUUUGGGGUGCAAUUGAGAGCGACUUGAGAACCAAGAAUUUCGAAAAGGUGGCGCAGAAGAUUGAAACCCACGCCACCAGUGGAAACCAAGGCGUCGUGAAGGUAGACCUGUCGCCGAGGAGGCGACGAGAUGCAGAGCUCUUCCGAGCUGGCUCUAUGUGA